CACCUUUAAUUCCAUAAAUUAAAAUACAUGUAAACUUUUACCUUAAUUUAUGAGUCUAUAGAAAGUAAGCCUGUUCAACAUUUUUGCAUUAAUAUGUACUUUUUUAAUGUGUAUCUGAUGGGAAGCAGCUGAUGAAGGUUUCAGCUGCAGUGAUGGAGUCAUGCAGUGAACACGUGACCAUGUGAGGGUUGCUGGUUUGAUUCCCAGAGGAUCAAAGCCUCCAGAUGUCACGCUAAUGUACAUUUAUGUAUUUGGGUUAUUUCCUUAUUUAGGCUGUUGACAGAGCGCCUCGUGCCUGACGGAGCCGCGGACCAAUGGGAGCGCGGCCCAGCGCUCGUGCAGCGCUCUGAUUGGUCGGCUCGGAUGCAGACUGCAGCAGCAUCCUCUCUUCCAGACCCAGCGGACAUCUGGAGCGGUCCUGCCUGCCUCACAAGCAGACCCUCCAGCAUCCGAACAUCGACUCCCCGCGUCGAGCCAGCCCGGGGUUCGCGUCUCGCCUGCCGGUGUGAACCCAGCCUCUCCCCGGGGCUGACAUCGCUCAGUUCGGCUGGAUCUCCGCCAGGGAGCCGCUGCGCUCCGGACAGACUGACCAGCCGGCGGAAACGCGGAAAUAUUCCCGGAGGAGGAGGAGGAGGAUGGUGAUGGACUGAGCUGAUCCGACAUCUGACGGGUCGGAGGCCCGAUGGAAGCUGCGAUACAUCUGGACCUGGAUCAGCCCGGUCCUGGUUGCGGUUCGGCGUAAAGACGCGGCUCCAUCACCGGCUGGUUCGGUUCUGUUUUUCCUCUUCAGUUUGUCUCGUCACAGACGGACUAAAAGGACCCGGUUCCGAGUUGGAGGGCGCAGGCGGAUCCCCCUGCUGGUCUGAAUCAGAACCCGUCCGGAUCAUGAAUCACACCCCCCUCUGAGGCUCUAAUCUGGGUUUUACCGAACUGGAUUUAAAUCACAGAUUACGCCGCUCCCGGUUCUGGUGAUUGCUAUUUGGACCUGGUCCUGCUGGCGCUGGAUUCGGGGAGCCCUGCUGGCAUCAUGCCGACCUCCCGGCCUGGUUCGGAGCCGGUGGAGUUCUGGGUGGACGGGUCGAGGCGGGACGGGACGGUGGAGGACUUCUACGGCCUGGGCUCCGAGCUGGGCAGAGGAGCGACAUCCAUCGUGUACCGCUGUGAGGAGAAGCAGACGCAGAAACCCUUCGCAGUCAAAGUCCUGAAGAAAACGAUUGAUAAGAAAAUCGUUCGCACCGAGAUCGGAGUCCUGCUGCGUCUUUCCCACCCAAACAUCAUCCAGCUGAAGGAGAUCUUUGAGACGGACACUGACAUCGCCCUGGUUCUGGAGCUGGUGACCGGCGGAGAGCUGUUCGACCGGAUUGUGGAGCGAGGAUACUACAGCGAGAGAGACGCAGCGCACGUCAUCAAGCAGAUCCUGGAAGCUGUGGCCUAUUUGCACGGAAACGGGGUCGUCCAUCGUGACCUGAAGCCGGAGAACCUGCUGUACGCCGACCUGUCGCUGGACGCGCCGCUCAAGAUCGCCGACUUCGGCCUUUCCAAAAUCAUCGACGACCAGGUGACCAUGAAGACGGUCUGCGGGACUCCGGGUUACUGCGCUCCAGAGAUCCUGCGGGGUAAUGCCUACGGCCCCGAGGUGGACAUGUGGUCAGUGGGUGUCAUCCUGUACAUCCUACUCUGCGGCUUUGAGCCGUUCUUUGACCCGCGGGGCGACCAGUACAUGUACAGCCGCAUCCUGAACUGCGACUACGAGUUUGUGUCUCCCUGGUGGGACGAAGUCUCCCUCAACGCCAAGGACCUGGUCAGUAAGCUGAUUGUUCUGGACCCUCACAAGCGCCUCAGCGUCCGGGAGGCCCUGCAGCACCCCUGGGUUCUGGGCAAAGCCGCCCGCUUCUCCCACAUGGACACGACUCAGAGGAAACUGCAGGAGUUCAACGCUAGGCGCAAACUUAAGGCUGCCAUGAAGGCUGUUGUAGCCACCAGCAGGAUGCACGAAGGAUCCCGCCGUCGCACCGACAGCUGCGAGAUGCCUGGCUCAGGGACGUCCAGGCAGAGCAGCAUGCAACAAGACCCGCCUCCAGAGUCAGCAGGCUCCGCCCCCGAUGAAAAAGAGGCCCCGCCCCCCGACCAGCAGGUUCCCCAGACAGACGAGUCCACGCUGGCCAAUCAGAGCGCAGCCAGCCCCUCCCCUCCCUGUAGCCCGAACUCCCCCAGCUCUGAAGCUUCUCCCACAGGCCCCGCCCUCGUCAGACCGCCGCUGCGUGCCGACGGCCUCCGACAAGCGUCGGUCAUCCCCAAGUCGAUGCUGGUCCAACCCCGGCUGCCGCAGAAGAGCUGCUCCGUCAUCGAGUCGGUCCACAGAGGCGAGGCUACGCCGCCGCUGGGCUCGCCUUCCAGUCCCAACAACCUCAGCAACGGCUUCACGCCGGGGGCGGAGCCUGGCACCAAGGCCGCCCCCUGCCAGUGAACGCUUCACAACAACAAACCCAACAGUUGAGCCUUCCAGUCGUUUUUUACUGACAUCCCAGUUGGUGAUCUGGGAACAAACUGACUAACGUUUGUGUAAAUUUAAAAACGCCUCUGCCGGAGUUUCACUGGACUGUUUGGCUCGUUAGCUAACAGCGGCGCUGAAGCCAAUGGUUGUUUGGAGGACUGAAAGAAGCCAAAAGAGCUAAUAUCAGACAUGACUGGAUGCAUAUUUAAGCAUAAAUAAGGAUUUUUGUGGAGGAUUCCUGGAAUGAAUGUAAACCUGGAGAUAAGGAGAAAAUGGAGGUUGAGCUAUUUUUCACAGUUUCGGCUCAGAUUGAAGAUCUGGGUGACAACAAAAGGGUUUCAGAGUAUAUUUUCCUGUAAAAACAUUCAUGUAAACAGGCAGCAGGCCUCUGGAUUUCAGUUUUCUGGCUCUUCCUGUUAACAUCCAGAGUUUGGAUCUCAUUAAGAAAAACUUCCACUUUGCUUCU